CGUCGCCCCCGGCAACGGGCCCUGGGUCCCGGGUCCCGAGCAGAGCCCGCCUGGAUGGGCGCUGGGCUUGCGGUGAGUCAUUAACACCCGCAGCCCGCCCGCCCGCUGCACUCUCACUCCACAAUACAAACUUCAUUCCAGGCUUAUUAUUGUCAAGGGGUGUCAGUAGUAUGAUGAGGCUGAGAGAUGGGCCGACAAGAUCCUUCCAAGCUCCCGUAGAUGUCCACACUUCGCAAGAUGGUCAGCUUUAUGUAUUUGGAGGUGAUGUAGCGUCAUCCGAUGAAUCAUCAGACGAGGACAAGAAUAGUCUUGAACUGCGGCUGAGAGGUCGUGAGUGUCAGUGGUCCAGUAUUAAUGUGGAGAAGCUCAACAGUACAGUGUUUCUUGUUCGAGAGGUUGGUGAUGGUGACAACCUCAAUACGUUUGCUUUGCAGUACGGCUGUACGGUUGCAGACCUCAAGCGGGUGAACAAUCUCAUCAAAGAUCAAGACUUCUUUGCCUUAAAGACGAUAAAAAUUCCGGUGAAAAAGCACGGGUUGUUGACAGAGGCGCAGGAAGAGGCAAAACGGCGGCAGGCUGCAACCAGCAGAACCGAUCCGUGCCUGGUGGCCUGCGCUGCAGAGGGCCAAGGCACAGAGCAGAACAAACUGAGUGGAUUUUUUGAAGACAUUGACAAGGAUAUUGAGAAGUUAAUCCAGUCUACAGAUCAGUCUAAAGAUCAUUUGGAAGAAGUGAUUUACUGUCAGAAGUCCAAUGGAUUUAAUUUGGGGGCGCUGUCUCCAAAGGAUUCACAUCACGGUGCGGACUGGGGUAUGCGAUGGUGGAAUGCUGUGGUAAUCAUGCUUUUAAUCGGUGUUAUUAUUCCAAUAUUUUACAUAGUGUACUUUAAAAUUCAAGAACCUGAAAAUCCAGUGGACCCAUCAAUGUUGACUCAUUCUGCAGCUGGGUCAAAUGGUACGAUCUCAACUACUGUGCAAUCAAAUCCCGCAGCAGUUUCAAAUGGAUGAAUGGGAUAAAAUCUACAUGAAUUUUGUAUUAGUUGAUAAACUGGACGCAGUACCUAGCUGGAACAUUUGCUUUUGGAUCAGUGGAGAUGUAUUUGUACCAGUGCAGCGAUGUCUAUUCCAUCGUUAGACCUUCACUGUGAUUGCAACGUCGCUUGUGUUGGUCCAAUUAACUUGGAGGUGGACUUUCCCUGUUAUUCUCUGUAAUUGUUUUGCAACUUCUUGUAGUACGACUGCAGGGUGUUUAUCACGGGUGAUAAUUUAAGGAAAAUGUAUUGGAAUGAUCUAAUUCUAGAGUAUUUGACCAUGCUAUCAGGAGUUAAAAAGUAAUUGCCAUUUCUUUGAAGUGAUUGACUGCUGGUAAGCCAGCUCUUGUUCAACAAGGUGUUACCAGGCAAAGUGCAAUGGGCACUGCCAGCUGUGCCAUGCACUGUUGAGAUUUAUUAUCAAAUUAUUUUAAUAAAUAGAAUUAAGUUAAUAUCACAAUUUAGACGUUGUCUCCCAGUAUCAAAUAAUGCUAAUCCUCUAAUUUUGUCCUUACUGUUUCCAACUUUUGAAUCUUGGCACAUUUUGUAAGACAACCUAGAUUACAGUUUUUAUAAAUUAUUUGCUAGUUGACUAACAUGUAACUAUAAAAACACACAAAGUGCUGGAGUAACUCAGCGGGUCAAGCAGCAUCGCUGGUGAACAUGGAUGGGAGAUGUUUCAGGGGGGCGGGGGUCUGAACGUCACCUCUCCAUGUUUUUCAGAGAUGCUGCCUGAUCCGCUGGGCCACUCUGUAAACCAGCAUCUGCACUUCUCAUGUAUCACCUUUUAACAUGCAACUAUUAAAGUUCUUGACCCUGUGUUCAAGUUACCUGUAGAUAAACUUGUACUGUUUGUAACUGGACAUUUAGCGGUCCUUAUUCAUUUUUUGUACUAGCUUUGGAAUUGUAUCAUUCCCAUGGAUAAAAUUAAUAUUUGGAUGAUGGGGCUGUAAAUAGGAGAGACCCAAACAGCAGUAAUAUUGAGGUAUUCUACUGCUGUGCAAACAAAACUUAUCUUAAGUAUUUCCUCAACAAAAAAGGGCAAAGCUGCAAGUAAAAGGGAUGUUUUAGCACAUUGACGAUGAAACAAACGUCAAACCAUUAAAAACGUCAUUGAUAAGUUUUCUACCUUCUGAAAUACAAAGACUGCAUUGCACAGUGCACUGCAACUGCAUUUAAUUUCUUGGAUUUCUUUUCUUGCUGAUUAAAAACUUGUUUACUACAAAAAACAAAACAAAUAUUGUUUAUGCAUUAAAUCUAACUUAUUUGGGGCAGGAUUUGGUAAUGCACGUCACAUGUAUAAUUACAAUUUGUAAUUUUUUAUAUUUUGCUGCUACCUUCUGCUUUUGCAGAAGAUUUUGGAACAGUGUUUCCCCUGGAUGGUACUUUUCUGUAUUAAACUAUCA